AGAACGGGCAGAAUGAAGUGAAUUGCCGCGAUGCGCCCGAAGGGGCCGCUAUACUCAAUCUUGCUAAUUCACCUCUCUUUCCAUUCCUCUCGUCAAUUAACCCUACUUUGUCUUAGACACCCCCUUUGGAUUUGAGAACCAUAAAGAUAUCUAAACCUCCAGAAGAGAAGGCCAGACACAGCAGAACAUGUCAAAACCCGUAGGCAUCGUAACCGGCGCAGGCUCCGGCAUCGGGCUCGCAGUAGCCACGCACCUUGUAUCAAAAGGCUACAAAGUCGUCAUCGCAGAAAUGAAUGCAGCGACUGGGUCCGCAGCCGCAGAAUCUCUCGGGCCCGACGCCAAAUUCAUCCAAACCGAUGUAUCCUCCUACCUUGCACAGGCGCGACUCUUCAAGGAGGCAUAUGAAUGGGGGGGGAAUCGACUGGAUUUCUGCCACGCAAAUGCUGGUAUUGAUGAUAGGCAGUAUUUGUACGAUCAGAAUGAGGAGUUGGAUGAGGCGGGUUUGGUGAAGCCACUGAAUACAAAGAGUAUGCAGGUUAAUCUUGAAGCAGUUAUUCAGGGGCUAUGGUUGUUUAAGUAUUAUGUGAGGAGGAGUAAGGAGGCGGGUGGUGGGAAGGGGAAGUUUGUUGCAACAAGUAGUGCGGCGGGAUUGUAUAUGAUGACUACGAAUCCCCAGUAUACGUCCAGCAAGUAUGGAGUUGUGGGCUUGACGCGUGCUGCAGGUCCUGUCUUCGUUAAGGAAGGGAUCACAGUGAACUGUAUCUGCCCAGGCUUUAUACCAACAAACCUCUGUCCUCCACACGUGCUAGAACUUUGGCCAAAGGAACAUAUCACACCCCUAUCAACAGCUACGAAAGCAAUUGAUGCGUUCUUGGGCGACGAUACAAUGACUGGACAGACAGUGGAACUUAGCUUGGACCAGUUAUAUUUUAGACAGAUGCCCGAAUGGGCAAACGAUAGUCAGAAAUGGAUUGGGACGGAGAGCUUGGCCUUUUGGGAGGAAGCGUAUGCAAAGGUGCCGCAGAAGGCUGGGUAUUAAGUAUGCCAUUUCUUGGCUCUUCACUGCGACCAACCCACAAUGAAAAUAAUCACAAUAGACAAAGUGGUAUGGAAGAACUGCAGAAAUCAAAAAUCGAGUCCCUCCCUUUCCGCCUCCAUGAAUGCCUGCCUCAUGAUCUCCGCAUAUUUCUUAGAUCUUGGCUUAAUUUCGCAGUCAAAUGGCUCCGGUACCGACAUGAAACCCCUGACCAUUGCCUGUGACGGUUCGAUUAGCUGCCC